CGGCCGUUCCCGGGGCGGGGCGGCUCCCCCGGGCCGGGGGAGCUGCAGGGCCGGGAGGAGCCGAGAGGAGCGCGGCUGUGGGGCGGCCCCGGGCCGGGUAAACACACCGAGAUUCCUGCGGCCCUUCAGUGAUACAGGAUGCUGUUCCCUCUGGUGUUGUGUGCAGUUAUGCUGGUAGGGAGCGGUAAAGUUCAAGAAGAUGAAUGGAUUGACCCCACGGAUAUGCUCAAUUAUGAUGCAGCAUCAGGAACAAUGAGAAGACCUUACAAGACAAACUAUCAUGACUCUGAGGAUAAGACUGUGGAUACAGUCAGUACUGAAAACUCACCAAGUUGUUCCAGGACAAUAGAUUCCCUGCAACAGAAGAUUGCAGAAUGUGAGAAGAGGAAUGCCAAGUCACAGGAAAGCCGUAGCUUUUAUAUUUUUAAGCGAUACUUGAAUAAAAUUUUAAAUGAAGCUGGAAAACUUGGCCUUCCUGACGAAAACGUGGGCCAAGUCCACUACGACGCCGAGAUCAUCCUUACAAAACAGACAUAUCUGGAGAUCCUCAGGUUUCUCAAUGAGGAAAGCUGGCAGCCAGGUGCCAUGGAUGAUGCACUUAGUGAUAUUUUGAUCAAUUUUAAGCACCAUGAUUAUCAAGCUUGGCACUGGAGAUUUGAGGACACUUUUGGAAUUGACCUAUAUAAUUUGUUUUUGCUACUCUUGUGCUUAGUGUGCAUUGUAACUGUAAUAGCUACAGAGCUCUGGACACGUAUUCUUUGGUUUGUUCAGCUAAAACGUCUUUUGCUAAUAAGUUUUUUCAUCAGUUUUGCAUGGAAUUGGCUUUACUUGUAUAAGUUGGCCUUUGCACAGCAUCAAGCAGAAAUUGCGAAAAUGGGGCACUUUGAUAACAUCUGUGCAGAGAAGUUGGACUGGCGAGAAAGUCUUUUUGAAUGGCUUAGAAGCACAUGGACGUUACAGGACGAUCCCUGUCAGAAGUAUUAUGAAACUCUACUUGUAAAUCCUAUUUUGCUGGUUCCACCAACAAAGGCCUUGGCAAUUACUUUCACCAACUUUGUAACUGAGCCUUUGAAGCAUGUAGGGCAAGGUAUUGGUGAAUUCAUCAAGGCACUAAUGAAGGAGAUUCCAUUCGUUCUGCAGGUUCCAGUACUAAUUAUGAUGGCUCUGGCUGUCCUGGCUUUUUGCUAUGGUGCAGGAUCAUCGGUGUCUGCGUUAAGAUACUUAACAUCUUCUCAGAAGAAAAGUCUUCCUCCACCUGAUAGUCAACAGGAGCAAAUAGGCUUUGGGCAGUACGAUGGGAGGCAAUCAGAGGACUAUUACUUGCAGAAGCACCCGUAUGUGUACAGAGGACACCAGGACAGAGGAGAUGGCUCUGCGAGACCUCCCCUCACUGUGAGAGCAGCAAAUGGCAGCAGGAACCCCGACACGGCACAGACCAGCGAUGAGCCGGACACACACGUACAAGAGUCUCACAAACCAGAACCUAAUAAUAGGUUGUACACUGAGUCUGAAGUUCAUAGACAAGAAAUUCUCAAAGCUGAAAACCAUACUGAGGAACCUGCAGUUGAGCAGCAGAAACAGGAGACAGGCAAAGCAGAGCGAGAGGCUGGAGAAAACUGUGAUCCCAAUAAAAACCUAGAAGGGAAAAGCUCUGCGAUGGAGCAACGUGAAGAGAAGGAAAAGAGCAUUUUACGCGACUCCCAGGAAGGAGACUAAGGAAGGCUCGAGCUCUGCUGUACUGCAGGAACUACACUGUGUCCCUGGGAGUUCGUGCCAAGUGCCCACCACCCCUGUGAUUCUCUGGUGCAUGGACUUGUACCACACCAUCUGUAGAGCAGCAUAAGCAGCUGUUACUUGGAAAGAAGUACUUCUAAAAACUUCUCCUGAUUGUAAAACUGUGCUGAGUUAAUGUAAGAACCACUUCACUAAGUAUUACCAAAAAAACCCAUCAUGUUUUGAAAAAACUUAUUUUUUAUUAAACAGAACUAAAACCAGGGUUUAAUUUUUUUAAUAGAAAUGAUUGUUUCUUCCAAACUGUGUUUCUGCAAAGACAGACUAACUACCAAAGCUAUUUCUCAAUUUUUUUUAUUUUUUAAAAAAAGUAUAAAAGAAAACAGGACCUUUUUUUCAAGAGGUACAAAGCGGGGGGGGGGAAAUCAAGUUUUCUUUAAAAACAACAUAAAAAUUUAGGUCUUAUACUAGAUUGAGACAGUAGUAGAAUCCACACAUGAGCACUGAUAACCUUGACAGAGAAAAAAUUAAUGUUGAUAGACUAGAGACAGUUAAGAGGGAGAGACAGUAAUGGUAUCUCAGACUGCUAUAAAAGCAGCUGCCAACUGCAUGAGCAGGGGCAACUCUAUAACUACCAGUCACACGUGUGAUGCUGCUGCUAUUUCUAUGGAAAAUCAUUAGAAAGGAGACAAAACUACUCAUUGCAGUCAUCUUUAAAAAGGCAAACAAAAAUGAUACCUAAGAUGCUGCUGUACAGUACAUUCCUGUGUGUGCGUCUUCAGCUAGAAUUUGGUCCCUUUAUAGCUGGGGGUAAAUGGACUCUCUGUUCAUCCAUUCUCUUAGCUUGUGAUCGUAAAAUGAGGCUGAAAAAAUCCUCAUCUGGUACAGUGGAUCCUUUUGCAGAUGCUGGAGGAGCACAUCUUUGAUCAUCCAGUCUGGAACCCUACAGACAGACCAAGAGACAGAGCUGCAUAUUUACAGGGACAGAUAUAAUAAAUGAACAAUAUAAGUGAAAAAACUCAUAAAAACUUUUGUUUUUAGAUUUAGAGCUAUUAUAUGGAUUUAAUUUUAAGUUUCGUUUCAAGCUAAACUGGUCAAAUGAAGUUACUAAGAAUGCAAGUUAAGCUAAAAUGUCCGUAUGUAUCUGAAAAUACUCCCCAACUGUCCUAUUGCAGAAUGAGAUUUAAGUGUCCUUUGUCCAGAAGAAGAAUUUUAGCACUACUAUGCGGUAUUUGUAGUCUCAUAUACAGAAAAUAUAGUUGUCUUCCUUUCCUUAUACAGGGAGUAAAAAAUGGCCCCACAGAUUUGGAAAGGCAAUACUGAAAUACACCUCCACACUGUAAGGGCAGGAACAGUUCAGUGACAGAGUUACAGAGCAUGGGAUGGUUUCUGUGCUCCUUUCACACAACUGCCCUCCUGGCCAGCUCCUACAGGCUCCAGGUCAGGCUGCAACAGCUACGGCAGCUCCUGUGCCUGAGCUGGGAAUUAGCAUUCUCUGUCAGUGUAGGAAAAGCUUUCAGUGCUGGAUGGACCUUCAGACAAAAAGUCUCAAAGGACAGCAACCCUUUUGUUGCUGUUUAAACAGAAGCUAGUGCUUCUGUUUAAAGCACUAGCCUCCAUAAUGAUGAGAGGGGAUUAAAUGUUUUUCCAUGCCUUAAAGAGACAAAAUAUAUCAUACUAAUUUCUAGGUUCUUUGCUUGACUCAAAGGAGUAAACAGAUAAGCUGCUAAAACAGAACAUGAUAUUUUAUCAGGUUGAAAUUCAAUUCCAGGUGCUUCUUUUCACCCCAGCUAACAUACUUACCUUUGGAGAACUCAGUAUCUGAAUUGUGUAUUUUGAGAUGCUUAUCAACUCAUUUAAUUAAAUUCUUUUUGGUCUAAUUGGUAUAUAUACCAUGCUCUAAUUGACAAUCAGCCAUCUCACCUGCAUAUUGCUAUGAACUAUCAUUUACACUAAACAUAAUGGGAAUGAUGACCAAAACUUGGAAUACUAAAUCCUUUAAUUUCAUUUCAUAGGAUUCCUGGUAUAUCAGGUGCCUUACACUUAAAAAUCAUUUUAAUAUUCAUUUUAAGAGCCUCAGUUGUUUUCCUUCACUUUUUAAGGAUUUUUUCUAGAAAUAGUUACCAUAAUAUACAUUUUUGUUACUUGACAUAGUUACCAUGGUAUAUAUACCAAAUUUACACUUACUAGACACUGGAUAAUUUAAAAAAAAAAAAAUCAAAACAAGAAACAGAAAUUGUAAAAGAACCCAAAGCUUGGGGAAAAAAUCCUAAUAUUUUGUUAUAUUCUUCCUUAUCUGCCAAAUCAGUAUGUAUCUUAAAUCACAUGGUAACCAAGCAACUCAAUAGCAGGAGGCACAAAUCACAUCCCCAGAGACUCAGAAGCUGAAGAACUUUUGUUAAGCACUGACCUGGCAUUUUAUCAAUAUAUCAAAGAAGUCAUCAUCCAGCUCCCUGCUGUUGCUGGCCAUGAGGUGCCCCAGCACGGCCUGGCUGUCGCGCUGGGGGAGGCGCAGCCCGGGCAGGUUGUUCAAACUGGCGCGCUGGUCGUCCAGCCGGCGGCUCUGCGAGCUCGCCAGGAGGUCCAGAAACUCAUCUGUGUGUGGGGACACCACAGAAGUGGAAAAGGCUGGGGAGCAGGAAGAAAACAAGUUAGCCCAGAAAUAACUGUAACAUUUCUGAAAAAAUUUCUGUAGUGAGUCGUGCACGCAAAUACAUUUUGAAAAUGGCAUUUGGCAGAAACUCAAGUCAGAUACGGAUUUUACUUCAAAAAAAAAAUUACAUUUUCGCAUUGUUUUAGGUGGAGUAGAGGAUUUUGCCACUGAAGCAGCUGGGAGUCUGUUCUUCUCCUGGAAGUAGCACCUCUGGUCGUCCAUUCUGUUGCUCUGGAAUCGACUGAGCAGAUCAAAGAACCCUUCAUCUGCCAUUGUCUCUCGACUGCUUUUCUGAAAAGGAGAAAAGAUUUAGGGGUAUUUGGAACUUAAGAGUAUCUAAAGCUGGGACAACUGCAUCAGAGUUUAGUCCAGUCCUGUUUCAUAUUUGCGUAUCUGAUAUCUAUUAAAAUCAAUUUUUUUAGUCA